AUGCCUCUUCUCUUCUCCCCUCUCUUCCUUCCGCUUCGCUCCCUCUUCAAAAAUGAAGUGAAAUUGAAUGAAACACCCGAGAUCUCACGCGCUGUGGACGCGGUCCAUUCAUCCAUCCAAAGAAGGAUAGAAGGAAGGAGCACCAAGACUCAAGUUCAAGUCCAAGAACCCGCGAGAUCUCCACCCGCCACUAGAGAGACAAAAGAAAAGGACUCGCCCACUGCGAUCACCACGCUUCUUUUGAAGGACAGACACCACCACAACCACCAGCAUAGCCCCGAAAAAACCCCCCUGCGAGCAUCAACAAAGAGAAAGAGAAGUAGUAGAAGAGAGAAACGGCCAAAAAGGCCGCCCUACUCUCAGGAGAAAGGCCCGCGCACAUUUCCAAAGAUCCCCACCCGCUCGGCGCGAUCCCUUCUACAACAUCAUGGCGACAGCGCACGCCAUCAGACCAGCUCCACCCGCCCACAUCCCGCUCAGGCUGCUCGCGGCGCCGACAAAGUUGGGCGGCAGGGGAGUCGCCGGGCUGCCGGUGUACCCGGUUGGUGUUGCUCCUCCCGUCGCAAUGUUGACAUAGACAUUCGAGGCGGUCGUGCUCGAAAUGGCGGAGGAGACGAUGGUGCUCGACGGUCUCGUGGAGACGGUCGUGCUGGCCACGUCCGGGGAGACGGAGGCGACGACUUCGGAGACGGUGAUGGUCUUAGUGAAGCGCGCGGUGGAAACGAUGGUCGCCGUCGGGGGGGCAGCCGGUCGCGUAGUGAUGAUGAUGAUGAUGAUGAUGAAGAUGAUGAUGAAGAUGAACCAAAAAUUCCCAAAGAAAAGAGACUCUGCCAACGAAGCCUGAAUCCGCGAUGGAUAUGUUUCAGCAGGUGUCCCUCUCGUCCUCCCCUCAGUGCCCUCCGUGCCCCCCAUGCCCCCCGUGCCCCCACCCCAAUGCCCCCAAUACCCCCAAAUGCCCCCAAUGCCCUCCCACCGCCCCCCACCCGCCAACGCCCGUCACACCGCAAUCUUAAAUUUAGAUUACAAAAUUUCCCACUCCAAAAGCCGAUAAGCUCGUCCAUCCCUGUGGCCGCACCCGGGGCCCGCGUGUCUCAUGGGCCCGUCGAGUGCCCGUGGAGUGCGCGGGUCCUUGCGCGAGGAAAGGUCCACGGUCCGUCCGGGAAGUGCAAUAAAAGUGUCGGACGGUGUGACGGUCGGACGGUGGAACAGUCGAACAGUCGAACAGUCGAACAGUCGGACGAUGGAAUAGAUGAUAUGCAGGGUUGUCUCGGCUGUGGCUUGGAAGAGGCAAAUCGAGAUCUGGACGCGCCAAUCGAUCUGCAGCAAGAGAAGAUGCAAGUAAACGCGAGAGAAAGAUGGAGAGAGAGAGCCGCUGGUUCGCACUCGCACGCCACUAUUGACUCGCUUGCGGUGUCUUCCCGUGCUUCCCAUGCUUCCUCUGCUUCCCAUUCCCACCAUCCCCGCGCGCAUCGUCCCCGUCCCGCCAACGAAAGGGCACGGAAGGAUGCCGACGGCGGGCAAUAG